UCAACGAGUAGUUAGUUGUUUAAUCAUUGUUACUCCUCGAGGAGCAUAGACCAAACAAUAGCCUAUAUAGGCUAUACACUAUAAAGCAACGGUGGUGGUAGAUAACCGCGACUGAUUACCUCCCUUUACGGAAGAAAGAGAGACUGUGUGUGUAAAGGAUUUUGGAAGAAAUUUCAUUACUGUAUUCAUUAAUCAUCAUCUAUUCACCAUUUCACGAUCGCAUAAUAUGAUGGACAGUGGACAAGGAAGCAUUGCUGAAACUGUUCUGCUAAGUCCUACUCAGCAAGCGUUGGUGGUCAAUCCAUCAAGUGUCUUGCCACCACCUGAAGUACAGCAGUGUCUUGCACUUUACAAUUUUAGUCAGCAUGGACAACAUAAGGCUCUUCCACCCCUGUCUGAUGAUGAGAUUGACGUACACACAUUUAAUGUCAGUGGCAGAGUUGGGAGGCCAAAACAUGAGAGAAAUGCUGAGCUGCUUAUCUCUAAUGUGAUGACUGGGGUCAAGAGUGGGCUUGCCAACUGUGCAGUUGCAUUUGAUAGUGACAUCAACAUUGAGCAUGUUCCCUUUAAAGAAGACCAAUUCCAAAAACUGCCAAAAAAAGGUGAAGGGGUCAGUAGUUUUGUAACUGCAUAUAAAGACAAGUCUGGAAAAACGUUUGUCAGGAAAUGCCUGAAGGAUGGUACGAAGCUUCGUGAGCAGGAAAUAAUGUCGAUGAUAAAGCUGAACCAUCCAAAUAUUUGCAAACUUUAUGCAGUGAUUUUUCACCUGGGGUCUGUGGACAUCAUCAUGCAAGAUGGAGGUCAGCCUCUUUACACUUUUAUUGAAGAGCUACAAAAUAGGCUUAUUGGCCCUACAGCAAGCUCUUGUUACUAUGAGUUGGUGCAGGACCUAACAUGUCAAGGCUUCCAAGCUCUUCAGUACAUGCACAAACAUUGUUUGUAUCAUCUGGACAUCAAACCUGACAACAUCCUGGUGGACUCGACCCCAGAGAACCAGUUCCGUCUAACAUUGGCAGACUUUGGUUCCAGCAUGACUGGCAAUCAACUAAUGUCAUUUAGCAUGCAUUUGACACCAGAAUACUUUGCUCCUGAGCUAUGGCAACGCCUUGUAUCUAACUACAACAAACUUAAGGAAGAACAGUUUUCACCCCAGGCAUCAUUUGACGUCUAUGCAAUGGGGCUGACAGUCUAUUUCAUGUGCACCCGCCGUCAUCUCCUAAAAUUUCUAGAACGACGUAAAGACAAUGACAGACAAACUUCCUUUGUCUUCAUGGCUGAGCUGAUGAUUAAAUAUGCUAACUGCAUUGGUGAAGUGGCCACUAAGGGACCCUUUUUCCACAAGCCACUGCCUCAGCUCUUGCAUGAGCUCCUGACCAACACCUUGCAUGCUGAUCCCAACAAACGUUGGACUGCCUCAAAUGCAUUAGAGUGUCUUUCUUGUGAUGUAGCAUGCAUGUCAGAAGUUGAGGAAGAUAAAAAGGAGAAGGAAGAAGUUAAAUUGCAAGUGUCAACUCAGGUUGAUAAUACUGUCUCACGUUAUGCUGCAGAGUCUGCAGUUGUACAAGAAGCUGCAGGGCAAUCUACAGUUGCUAUCCAAAAUACAAGCGACUGUAUCAUUGGCUCAGAAAGUUUCCAUUCCCCACAAGACAUCAAUGUCUUUAGGAGACAAAAGUUAGAGAGAAAAGUUCAAAUCCCAGCCAGCAGGGACAAGCUUGCUGUUGGAGCCCCUGCAAACCUCCCAGCCAGUUUCUCACAAAGUAUGAAGGCUACUGAGGCUAAAUCGCAUACAAUGCUGACAAAUUAUUGUCCUAUGCAGCUUAACAGCUCUUUGACCCUUAUGGAACUGGAAAGGGUUUCCCAUGCUGCAGUCCAGGGCAAUGAAGGACAUGGACAUCCUGACCUUUGUCUACAUGAGACCACUUUGCAGAAUUGCGUAUCUGAUGUUGCCACUCCUGCAGAGCUUUGCCAAGCAGAAGAAAAGCCAUAUGGGACACUUAACCAGUUCGGUGUGCAAAGGGAUAAAAAUGUGGCUCCUGGCACAAAUGUCCUUAAACUGCGUGGAAAUCAGCCAUUAGUUUUUGAAGGCAAGAGUGCAUUGGAAAUCAUAACCCGUCCACUUGCCCCAGAUAUUUUUAAUGAUAUUUCUCCUCCUGAAACUUCCCUUGAAGAAGGUGGCGCCACAUAUACACCCUUAGCAAAUUCUAAAAAAGGCAAAACAUUUGCCUCAAAGGGUCGGGUAAAGCCGUAUGAUAUCAAACCUACCAGUGGUGCAGUCAAACAUACAAAGAGAAUGCACUUUUUGGAGGAGCAGCUUUGCCCCACUUCCACAUGCUUUGUGGCUGGUAGUAUUGCGCCCACACCUGUUGCACACACAAAAGGAGAGGUGACUGCUAAAACACUGCAGUUCCCCAAGUAUGGCAGCUCCUCCAUCAGCCAGUUUAAUGUCUGGUCAGUCGAGACCAAUGAGCAGGUACAUCACACUGUUAUAAGGCCGCUACCAGUGCAGCCACAGGAUGCUUUUGAAAUUAAUUCCCCUUCAGAGGGGUCAGUCCAGGGUCCACCUUUUAUGCAGCAUCAAGGUGGAAGCAUACCCAAUUUUGAUUUGCUGCUGGGUGCGCCUGAUUAAUGUUCUGAUACAGAACUGGCUUCGUUUUUAACUUAAUUCUGGUUUUGUCAUUGCAGUCGCCAUACCAGUUUAUGCUAUGACAUUUUAUAUCGGUUUCGUUAGCAUGAUGGUCCCUUAAUAUAAAGGAAUAUGUGGAGUAGGAAAGCCAUUUUCUUAGAAAGUAAGGAAAUCCACCAACAUAAGAAGAUGGGUGGGUAAUAUAAACUUUUCUGUGCUAUCCCACAUGCCACAAUCAGAAAUGGGAAGAUUUUAUUUGUUAAUUUGGGGCUUGUUUCUUUUUUAUCCCCUUUUUGUUUGGUAAUUUGCUUACUCUCUGCUUAGAUUCUGCUGUAGUCAGAACACUCUUGUUGAUUUGUUUCUUAUAUUUUAUUUUGUGUAGCUGGGGCUAGAAUUGUUACUUUUUAAUUUGUGCAUUACUUUUUACAAAUUUUCCUAGGGCAAAAAUUCAUUUUAUUCAGUAGCUUUAUUUUUCCUGUGUAGCCAUCAUAUAAAUUGAAUACAUCUUUGUUUUGACAGUCUUUCGCCAAUGCAUGAAUACCGUCACACAUAUGUUCUCUUUGUAUCUCUAUCAUACAUCUUUGCUGGAGCUAUGUAUGAAGCAAUCUAGAUUCAAUCAAUUUGUUUCACACACUCACUCACAUAUUUUCUUUUGAAACUGUUACAUGAAGUUCGGAAUUCCACAUUGUUCACAGCAGGCCUGAGGAAACAUUUUUACUAAUGAUAAAAUCUAAACUUGUAGAUUAGGAAAAAUUCUUCAAUGACACAUUUUAGUCACCAGCUACUGUAGCACACUGAAAACAGUUGUAUUAAAAAAAACAAACUUUUACAUCAUGUGAGCACUGUUGUGGGGAGAGACAAUUAGACUUGAGCUAGUAUGGAGGGGGCUUCUUUAUCCAGUCAGUCCAAUAGAGCCUUUCCUGCUGAUUGUUAGUGGGAUGAUAGUGAUCCCAAUAAGUUUUUCCUGCAAUAUCAUACCAACAGACAAAUCAGGUCAAUAACAGGAUCUAUCUGGCCGCCUGUAUACCAACCCAGAAGAAGAAACUAUUCCUAUUUAUCAUUUAAGGAAGGAGCUGUUUUGGAGAUAUCUUUAUACCAUAUUUUCACUAUUUGUAGAUGGUCAUGUCUCUAUCCUGUGCUUAGGCAAACGCAUUAGCUGCGAUUUUCCCAGCCAGUGUCUUGCCUUCUUAUUCAGAUGUGAUCUUCUGUCCCUUGGUUUCUGUAUCGAUUCAGUGUUCUAUAUAAUCUCCAUAACCUGGUGGUAUCUCUCUCCAUAUCAAGACUUGUGGUCUUUUCUCCUCAACUUCUUCAAGUCCAGUUUAGUUUUCAGGAAAUUUGCUUUUUUUCCAAGCAGCUUGAUGUUUUCUUGGCUAGGGUUGGUCCUGGCCUCAUCUCUCACUUUGCUUGUCAUGAGUUAGUUGUAGUUCACUUAUCCAGCAUGGUGUGUAGUUCUUUCUCACACCUCAUGAAAUGAUUUCAUCUUGAUUAUUUUGUUGUUAAAAUCUUUGGGUAAUGGUAGUUGACCACACUGAUGAUGAUGUCUUUCAUUAUUACAUAGACUUCGAUAUACUCAGCCUUGUUUGUGUGUUUACUGUUUUCAUGGAUAUUCAUUGUUUUCACCUUUUCUCCUGCCUUGCUGAUCACUCUGGAAAGCUUGGUAUCCUCUGAUCUUGAAGCUUUUCCUCUAACAGAUGUGUUUUCUGCGUCCAGCAGAUGCUCUCAUUUUCCAUCCCCAGGCUCCACAAGAUGGGUUGAAGGGACAUCCAGUCGCUGAGAGUGGACUUUCUUGAGGUGUGGAGCCUGGAACUGCACUUGCCCGGUGGAUCUUAACAGUUCGAGCAAUAUUUUAGUUGUCAAGUGUCAUAGUGGUUGUUGCUGUGUGGUGUUGUGAUUAAUUAGAGUACUCCAAGUGGCCCAGCACCUCUGUCUUCAGCAUGCCAGGAUUUUUUCAGGGUUACCUGCUCUUAGCUGUACAUCCUUCCCUGUGAAAGGAGAUUGUUGGGAUCCAACCCGAGGGGUAGAGCUUAUAAUGCAUCUCUUUAUUACAUGGUUGACGUCAUUGGCACAUGGGGUAUUUCUUUCUGUAGGUAGCAGUGCCAUCUGCUACUUUGCCCCAUCUUGGUAGGAACACCACCCAUUGGUAUGACGAAUUAUUUUACCACAUAAAAGACAUAGACCCAUGCACACUAGAACAGUCGGUGCUGAGGUGCAUUCUACUAUUAAUGGACAGGAUUACCCUGAAAAUUUAUGAACAUGUGCAUUUUUGGUUGAUUUGCUUUUUUUACAGUAUCACAUUGAUAGAACAGGAACUUUGAUCAAGGAAUAUGCUUUGCUAUGUAUCAUCAUGUUAGCCAAAUGUAGAGCUUUGUUAUUGUUGUUGAAGACCUUAUUUUUGUAUGAUGUGUCAGUGUUUUUAGGUUUUUAAACCUGUUUCUACUAUUUACAGUGCCUUUGUGUAGGUUAGUUUAACUUUCUUUGCUCCAAAGUUUUACCUGACAUGAACGGUGUAUGGAAAGCAAAAUCAUUUUUAGUUCUGAAAAAGCACAAUCAUGUAAAUUUUUUAAAUGGCUAGAAAUGGUAUUUUAUGAGCUAUAAAUAUUAUAAAUAUUAGCUAUAAAUACUAUGAAUUGUCAGCCGCUUUUGAUUGUAUUUUUGAGCAGAAUGAUUCGAUUUUUAAAAUUUGGGUCUAUAUGAUAUGCCAUUGAACUUGUGAUAAUGUAUAAUAUUGUUACAGAGUUAGUAUAGUCUUUGGUGUCUUUCAAUCUAUGGCCAUUUCAAAGUUUAAUUGUUUUCAUUUGAAAUGAAUGAAGAAAUAGAAACAAAAUAUAUUUUCUUCUGAGUUAUAUCUUUUCGAUGUUAAGUGUUUGAAACUGAAAAAAUCACUUUACCAAGCAGUGUGAGCAUAAAGAUACCUUUAGACUGCAGGAAUGGAUUUCUUUAUGUCAAGAAGUUAUGUACACGUAGAAACUGUAUUUAGAUGAUUACUGCAUAGUUUUUGUUCUGAGACACAUUGGGAUCCUGGUUAUUUCCACAGCUUCUUUGUCAAUUUUGACAUUUUAUGCACAUUUUCUUUUGCUACUUCUGCUUUGAGCUUAUGGAAUAAAGCAUUGAAAAAGUUGC